UUUGUCAGAGACUCCUCUCUGGGAUUAUAAAAUCAAACCUGGCUUUUGUCUGUUGGCGAAACAUGAUUUGUCUUUUGAUACCACUUGGAGCCGCUUGGAUCUGAAGGAAGGAUCUACAGCAGAUUCAAUCAGAAGCCCAGGGACCUCUGCACACAGGAAGGAUUGAUUUUUUUUAUCAAGAGGGAUGUGCCAUUUUAUGAUUUGAGAUUUGUUUAGUUUUUUAUAAAGCUGGAAUAUUUGCAUUAACUACUGACAAGAAAUAGACCUCGACUUGGAUCUAUUUUCUCAGCGCCGGAAACAAUUAUAUUGAUCACACUCAACUUGCAUAUUUUUUUUCUCAGGGCUUCAGUAGGUCCGUGGCAUUUAAAAAAAAUAUAUAAUAAUUAUAAAAACUUAAUUAAGACUUUUUUUGCUGAUACAGCUUGAGCACACAAAGGUAAUUAACAUCAACAAAUCAAACCCUUCAGUCCCAAAAGGAUCGUGAUUAGGACCUGAAUGAGCAUGGACUUAUCAAAUUAUAUUCUUUACAGCUGUUAUUAUGCCAAAACAAUAUUAAGAUUAAAAUAUUAAAGAUAUGGUAAUGUGUUGUGAAUUUUAAAUAUAUAUUUGAAUGUCUAUUCUAACAACAUGGGAAACACUGUUAAAAAUACAAUUGCAGCAUUUGAGCAAUAGGCAUUGAAAAAUAUAAGAGCUGGAUUUUCUGACUAAACAAAUAUAGAAGCUAGUUAAUUGUUUAUGUCGCUGCUAGAUUUAGCCAUGGAGGAGAGGAGACGAGCGGGCUACAACGUUCAGAGGGAAAUCCUGGACGAAGGAGCCGUGGAUGAGAUGGCAGAAAAGUCAGACUCAAAAACAUCUUUGUCUGAGAAGCUUAAAAAGUCAAUGAGGUGUUCUGGUCCCAGGGUGAAGAGCUGCCUGCUGGGUAGCUUUCCUGUUGUAUCGUGGCUGCCUCGGUACUCUAUCAGAGAAAACGCCCUGGGUGACCUGGUCUCUGGAAUCAGUGUGGGAAUCAUGCAUUUACCGCAGGGUAUGGCCUAUGCCCUGCUAGCAUCUGUUCCUCCAGUCUUUGGCCUUUACUCCUCUUUCUACCCCGUCCUUAUCUACUUCAUCUUCGGCACCUCCAAGCACAUCUCAAUCGGAACAUAUGCGGUGAUGAGUGUGAUGAUAGGAGGGGUGAUAGAACGAUUAGCCCCAGACUCCAACUUUAUGGAUUGGGACAAUGUGACCAACUCUAGUCAAGUCAACUUUGACUUACGGGAUGCAGAGAGGGUCCGAGUGGCAGCAGCAGUAACCUUCUUGUCUGGAAUAUUUCAGAUUAUCCUCGGUCUGGUCCAGUUUGGUUUCGUUGUGACCUACCUGUCCGAACCUCUGGUCCGAGGUUACACCACAGGAGCUGCCAUCCACGUCAUCGUGUCCCAGCUCAAAUACACCUUUGGCAUCAGCCCGAGGAGAUUUAAUGGACCCUUCUCGUUGAUAUAUACUGUGUUGGAGAUAUGCUCUAUAAUUCCAGAGACAAACAUUGGUACUCUUGUGGUCAGUAUCGUCGCUAUUAUCGGCCUCAUACUCGCUAAAGAGCUCAAUGCUUACUUGAGUAAAAAACUACCUGUUCCUAUACCCGUAGAGCUGAUUGGUAUCGUUGUUGCUACAGUGAUCUCCUGGCAGGUUGACUUGCGGGCUAAAUACGGAGUGGAGGUGGUGGGACUGAUUCCCUCGGGCCUCCAGCCGCCGGUUCUCCCGACCGCCUCCCUGUUCAGUCAGGUGAUCGGGGAUGCCUUCGCUCUGGCUGUGGUUGGCUACGGCAUCGCCAUCUCACUGGGAAGAAUCUUCGCCCUGAAAUAUGGAUACAAGGUGGACAGCAACCAGGAGCUCAUUGCCCUGGGUCUAAGUAACUCCAUCGGGGGGAUUUUCCAGUGUUUCGCCAUCAGCUGCUCCAUGUCCCGCACCAUGGUUCAGGAGAGCACAGGAGGGAAGACUCAGGUUGCUGGAGCUCUUUCCGCCAUUAUUAUCCUUUUCAUCACGCUCUGGAUUGGAAGACUCUUUGAAGAUUUGCCAAAGGCAGUGCUGGCCGCCAUCAUCUUUGUUAACCUCCAUGGCAUGAUGAAGCAGUUCUUGGACAUCCCUGUGCUGUGGAGGAGCAACAAAGUAGACAUGCUGAUCUGGGUGGUCACCUUCAUCUUCACCAUACUCUUCAACCCUGACCUGGGACUGGCCGCUUCCAUCGGCUUCUCCAUGCUCACCGUCAUCUUCAGGACUCAGCUACCAACAUACUCCAUUUUAGGGCAGGUCCCAGACACUGACAUCUACAGGCCGCUGGAGGGCUACAACCAGGUGAAACGGGUGCCAGGGAUUCUGAUCUUCCGUUCCUCUGCCACUCUCUACUUUGCCAAUGCUGAGAUGUACCAGGAAGCCCUUGGAGAGAAAUCCGGUAUCGACAUUACCAAGUUCCUGUCAGCAAAGAAGAAACUAGAGGCCAAAAGGAAGAGGCAUGAGAAGAAAAAUGCCAAAAAAGCUGCAAAGAAUAACGCAGUGGACAUGGAGGAGGUGCCAGAGAGGGAGGAGCAGAAGGACAUAGCCAUCAUUGAGGUGGAGGAUGAGCCCGACCCCUCUCUCCCCAGAGCCAUCGUCCUCGACCUCAGCCCCGUCAACUUCCUGGACACUGUGGGGGUCAAGGCGCUGCGCAGUAUCCAGAAAGACUACGGGGAAAUCGGUAUAGAGGUUGUCCUCGCUGGCUGCCAAACUGGUGUGGUGGACAACAUGCAGACUGGAGGUUUCUUUAAUGACAAAGUGACAAAGGCCUGUCUCUUCUCCUCCGUCCACGAUGCCGUUUUGCACUGUCAGUCUGCCAGGACGCACAGCCAAGAUGAGGCCAUGUGCUGUGAGAUCCCAUCGACACACUUGUGAGCUGUGAGAGGAACGAUGGAGGUUAAUUUGAAGAAGUGACAGAAACUGUCAGUAUGAGCAUUUUAUCCAGUGAGCUCCACAAUUCUGGGAGUCACUUACACUCCAACUUGCAGUCGUACACAUAUUGUAGCAAAGAAAAUGACAACUUAGUACAAACAUGCAGUCAAAAAUCGAAUAAUAGCUUAAGCACACAAACAUUAAAAAACAUUCAAUUAGUUUGACUUUAUUCAGUAACAAAGCAUACUUGCUUGGAGGGUUUAUGUAUGAACAAAUCUGCCAAUGUUCAUGUACUGAAUCACAAGCCUUUAAUUGAAAAGGAUUGUUAUGAACCUCUCCAAAAAACAGUUUUGUUUUUAAUUUCCUGUGAAGACGUGUCAUCUUGGUGACGCAACAACAGGAAAUAUCCAAAUACCUCUGGACUGGUAAAACUGAUGCCUCCCAUAUGGAAGCAGGGUGUUCUCCCUUCCUGUCUCACUGCGACCAGCAGCUUCAAUCACAACCAGGCUCCCGUCCGCACGUUGUUUAUUUCCAAUUGUGUUCAGGGAACUUGUUUAUACUGUAUAAGGAGUUGUUGAUGACGCUCAUUAUAGUAACUCAAGCAGGGAGAAUGUAGCAGUAGGAACGAUCACAGAGGAAAUCAAACCCACAACCACCCCAGAUGUUCCCAUAGUGUACCAAACGAUAGAUAAUAUUGUUAACCUGUUGUGACCGUGAGUCUCUUAAGAACAUUCUGUGUGUUGAUUAGAAAAUGUAAAGCCACAUAUGGAAACGCAAAUAUGAUUCAGAAAUGUAUCACUUUCAUGUUCGCUGUUUUAUUUUUGGAAGAAUAAGAAAUGUCUGUAAACAGUUAGAGAGGUGGAUAGAGAGUCAAGUCCACCAACAGCAACAACAGCAGUCCUCUGGUAACUGAAACCAGUAACAAUGAGUAAUUGUUUAUUGGAAUUGUAACACUGAAUCAUACUUAGUUGUAAUAAAAAAACACUAUUUUA